AUGUAUCGCCAGAUAUAUGUCCACAAGGAAGAUCAAGACUUCCAACGGAUUCUCUUCCGCAAAUCCCCAAGUAGCCCAGCAGAAGACUACAAACUAAAAACAGUAACGUUUGGUGUGAGCUGUGCACCAUACCUAGCCAUAAGAACACUCCAUCAGCUGGCUGAAGACUCCAAACCAAAAUUCCCACAAGUCGCAAACAUUUUAGUUAACGAAACUUAUGUUGACGAUAUACUAUCCGGCGGACACGAUCUGAACUCAACAAAAACAUCAGUCUCUCAAAUAAUCGAAGUGCUCAAAUCCGCCGGAUUCCCGCUCAGAAAAAUCACAGCAAAUAACAGAUCACUGUUGAACGAAAUACCCGAAACCUAUCUCCUAGACUCAGAAUUUCUGCAAUUUCAUGACACGAGCACUACAAAAACUCUCGGUAUUAGCUGGAAUGCAUUGACAGAUACAUUCUCAUAUUCCAUUGACCCCCUUCCUGACACAAACGCUGCAAAGAAAAGGCAAAUAUUGUCAGCAGUCGCGAAGCUUUUUGACCCGGCAGGAUGGCUAUCGCCUAUAAUGAUAACUGCCAAAACCCUACUUCAACAGCUCUGGAUGGAAGGAACAGACUGGGACGAAACAAUCAAGCCACUCUCGCUUCUCAAAUGGAACUCGUUUCGGAAUAAUCUCAUGGCUAUCAUCGAAAUAAGGAUUCCACGUUGGGUAGAAUUCUUCCCGGAAGGCGUUAUCCAAAUACACAGAUUUCCUGACGCCUCCGAAAAGGCGUACUGCGCGUGCGUGUAUCUACGCACUCAGCACAACGGAUCGACGACGUCCCACUUACUCGCUGCUAAAUGCAAAGUUGCCUCCCUUAAAACGGUUUCACUUCCGAGACUGGAACUCUGUGGGGCAGUACUUCUCAGAAAGUUAGUAAAGCAGAUACAAACUCAACUCGAUCUGCCACCUCACGAGCUUACUUUAUGGAGUGAUUCCUCCAUCGUACUAGCUUGGUUGGAAAAACCUCCAUGGACAUGUGUUGGCGCGCAGCAUUGA